ACGCGAAAGGGGGAAAGAGAUCGGCGAGGAGGAGGAGGAGGGAGGGAGGCGUGGUGUAGGAGGAGGAGGUAGAAAGGGGACGGGGGUCCCAGCUGAGAGGGCGGACAAGCAGGCAGGCAGACGGACGGACGGACGGGCGAGAAGGAGAGGAUUUGUCUGAGGCAGAGGCAGAGCCGCCCGCCAGAGCGAGCCGGAGUCCUCUGAGGGAAGGAGGGAGCCUUCGUCCGCCUGGCCUCGGUUGAACCCCUCAGCGGCAGCAGCAGGAGGAGGCUCCAACAAGGCCGGUGCACUGGGCUGGGCUUCUCCUUGGUGGGGCGGUGGCCGGCCCUCCUCCUCCUCCCUGCCGCCCCGUUGCCCUCUCGGCCCUCCUCCUUCUACUCUCUGGGCUGCCGCCGCCGCUGCUGAGGGGAUUUGGGCGCCAGGGAAUUCCUCGCCCUGCCGCCGCCGCCGCCGCCGCUUCAUUUUGGGGGCCAAAGCCGAGCUGGAAAAAAAGAGCCUCAAGGCCCCGCGACUACCACCUUCCUCCUCCUCCUCCUCCUCCUCCUCCUCCUCCUCCUCCUCCUCCUCGUCGUCGUCGACAUGUCGGGCCAGUCGAUCACGGACCGGAUCACGGCGGCGCAGCACAGUGUCACCGGCUCGGCCGUCGCCAAAGCCGUCUGCAAGGCCACGACCCACGAAGUCAUGGGCCCCAAAAAGAAGCACCUCGACUAUCUUAUUCAGUGCACAAAUGAGAUGAAUGUGAAUAUUCCACAGCUGGCAGACACACUUUUUGAGAGGACAGCAAACAGUAGCUGGGUAGUAGUGUUCAAAGCUCUAAUUACAACACACCACCUCAUGAUGUAUGGAAAUGAGCGUUUUAUCCAAUACUUGGCAUCUCGAAAUACCCUGUUUAAUCUCAACAACUAUCUGGAUAAAAGUGCCAUGCAGGGCUAUGAUAUGUCUACCUUCAUCAGACGAUACAGCAGAUACUUGAAUGAAAAAGCACUUUCUUACAGACUUGUAGCAGUUGAUUUCACCAAAAUGAAAAGAGGGAUUGAUGGUGUGAUGAGAACAAUGAAUACUGAAAAACUUCUGAAAACACUCCCAAUUAUUCAGAAUCAACUAGAUGCACUUCUCGAUUUUGAUGCAAACCCAAAUGAACUAACGAAUGGUGUAAUAAAUGCUGCUUUCAUGCUCCUCUUUAAGGAUUCCAUUAGACUUUUUGCAGCCUAUAAUGAGGGGAUCAUUAACUUGUUAGAAAAGUAUUUUGAUAUGAAGAAGAACCAGUGCAAAGAAGGUCUGGAUAUUUACAAAAAAUUCUUAGCCAGAAUGACCAAAUUGUCAGAAUUCCUCAAAGUGGCAGAGCAAGUUGGAAUUGAUCAGGGUGACAUUCCAGAUCUUACUCAGGCUCCCAGCAGUCUGCUUGAAGCUUUGGAGCAGCAUCUGGCUUCACUGGAAGGGAAGAAGACAAAGGAGGUUUCAGCUGCUAGCAGAGCAAGCACCCUAUCCAGUGCCGUUUCUACACUUGCCAACACAGGAAUGUCCUUCACUAAAAUGGACGAAAGAGAGAAACAGCAGGCAUUGGAGGAGGAGCAAGCUAGACUUCAAGCACUGAAGGAACAGCGAUUGAGAGAGAUUUCUGUGGUGUCAAAUUCAACUUCUACAUCUGCCUCUCCAAGCACUUUAUCAGGGAAGAGUGUAAACACCAACUCUGCACCUGUUGACCUAUUUGCAACACCUGCUCCAACCACCAAUAGCAUGCCCAACCUUUCUACUGAUCUCUUUGAUCUCCAACCUGCAUUUGUUCCAACGGUACAGAGUACUCCAGCCAUAGCAACAUCAGCAGGCAAUGCCUGGGGAGGAACUUUCUCAUCCACAAAUGGUUGUGUUGGGUCUCCACCCCACCUGGACCUCUUUGAUAUGAAGCCAGUUGAAGAAGCUGUAAAAAGUACCACCCCUUUUGUGACAUCCACCUUUACAUCCAAACAAACAGUGGAACUGUUUAGUGGAUAUUCCCUUAAUUCGGUGCCACAGAAUACUGCCUCUUCAACAGUCAGUGUGGAUUUUGAUGCUGUAUUUGGUGGCAAAUCAGCAGUACAAGAAUUUAGAACUGCAACAGAUGAUGUAUUGCAACCAACAGUACAAGCUCAAAAUCAGAGAGUAGCUUUAAUUGGUCAGCACAGUGGGAAGAUUUUGGCCAAUGACCUUGAUUCUUCACUUGCUAAUCUGGUUGGAAAUCUUGGCUUUGGAGGAACACCAUCAAAAAAAUCUGAUAUGCAGUGGAAUCAGCCUACAGAGAAGAAACUUACUGGUGGAACCAAUUGGCAAGCGAAAACAAGCACCUCAACUACAUGGAAUACUGUCCCUAUUCCUCCUGCUCCACAGAUGGUACCUGCUCCUGUAACCUACCCACUGAAUACACCUCAAGUGCCUGUGUAUGGAAUGGUACCUGCUCAGAUUGGAGCUACUCCUAUUAUGGCACCCCAGCCUAUGAUAUAUACCCAAACCAGCCUAAGGCCAACAAAUCCUUUUGCACCUAUCUCUGGAACACAGAUACAAUUUAUGUAGACCCGCCAAAGCAGCAAGACACUUUGACAACCAAAUAUUGGUAGAAAGAAGACAAAACUUUUGAACUGCGGUCCUCACUAGGGCACAUAACCUGCUUCCCAUACAAUAUCAGUUACUUUGAAUUGCUGUGCUUUAGAGAUUAUUGUUAUAACAGUCACUAUGGUAUGAAAUCAUGUUUGGUUUUGGAUAGCAUAAGACUGUUUUCAGUGGAAAGCUGAAAUAUUCUGAAUCUGAAGGUCAGCAAAGUAUGUAAGGAGAAUCCUGACUUUCCCUUUUUAAAUAAGAGCUUACUUGGAAACUUUGCAGCAUUUCCAUGUAACAGCUUGCCUCUAGUAAGCUAGUGGAGGGUAUAAUUAUUCUAUUUAUUUUCUCCCAGAAUUCUGCGAACGUUGUUACCAUGGCACCACUUAAUGAAGUUGAGCAAUAAACCUUUCAGAUACUCUUAAGCAGUACCUGAUACAAUAAGACUCUGAGAAGAAUCUUGCAUUAUCAGAAAUGCCAAUAUUGACUGCUUUUUCUCAUGCUAGACUAGCUUCUUCUAAUUCACAAAUUUUGUACUGUGAGUUUUAAAUGCUGUGAAUCAACUUUUAACUAAAUGUAGGCCAUUAACAGAAAACUAUAGUCAAUUGGCAUUUCAGCAGAGUGUUGCCUUGCCAAGUGAUAGAGCUAUGCUUUGGCAGAGACUUGGGCACCUGACCUAUUCUGAAGAAAAUAGUAUGUUACAAAGUAGAGUGUGUGCAGUCCUGGCAUGGAUGGCAAGAGGCUGCAUAAGGAAGUGCAGCUAUUAUGUACAGAUAGCAGCAUCAUUUCAGACUUUAGCUAGAGUUGCCUUCAUGUCCCAGAAGAAAGUCUGCAGGUGGCCAGCUGCUGUGAGUCUGGGAAGCUUUUUGCCUCUUAAUUUAAGACGUAGGGCACCAGCAUUUUCUUAGUCAUUCAUCAUUUACAGUGCUGCACUUUAAGAACUGGAAAAUUGUGUUCCUGAGCUCCUCUAUCCCUCUAUACUUACGACCCAUGUUGUGGGUAAAGGAGCAAAAUAAAAACAUUUAAAGGGCCAGUCACUACAUAAAACAAACUUUUUUGGGGGGGGGAGGGAGUGUAAAUAUUUGUAAACCCUGAAGUACAAAAAAAAUCUAGUGCUGCAUAAUCUUUUCUUCUUUGUAACACAUUCAAAAUGCUUUAAGACAUUUAGCUCAAAUUUCUUUUGUAUUGAAAAGUUCAAACCAUUAUCCUUCAAGAUAAUUAAGAUAUUAUUGCAGUGUAGGAGAAUGUAAGAUGGUCCAUGAUUUUCAAACACAAUGCCCCAAAAUAAUGAAAGGAUUACCUUAAACAUUAUUUUUUAAUUUGUCAGAUGGAGUCCAGGGCGUACCUAUGAGGGGAGAUGGCAAGCAAAAAAAUAUUAUUAUUAUUAUUUAUUUUUAAAAGAACAUUUUAAUUGAAGAAAGAGUGAAAACUGGUUCUUUCCUUUCUAUCACGGCUGUGAUAAUUUUCUUGUCUUGAGCUCAUUGCGGUAGCAAUAACAGCAAAAAGGUUCUCUCUUAAAUGUCAAUGUGGCUUUCUUUCAUUAAGCUUGCCCCUUUUUUCAUUUAAAAUAUUUUGCAGCACUUGAGCUUGAUCUUCCAAGUGUUUUUGCCAAGUUAUUGGCCCUUGUUCCGUGGGAAGGGAUUUGCAGAAACAAAAAGUACUUUUGUGGCUCAGGCUGUGUCAAAUUCUAGAAAACCAGUCUUUUCCCUGUAAGUGUCUUUUGUGUUUGUUAAUAUUGUGCCAAUAAUGUAAAUAUAUAUAUAUAUGCUUGCUUCAAGAAAGAUAUACUUGUUUUGUCAAACUAAACAUGAUUUUUUAAAAAAAGAAUCAUUUUUUAUAUGUGUGUUUGCAAUUUGUAACCACUAACUUUGUAUGGAUUAAAUGUUGCAAGGUGGAAAAAAAUGUUUUAGACCAUAUCUUGGACAUGUACUGGCAAAGACAUAAACUGGAUGCAUGUACAGUAAUUAAAUGUCGAAAGUGAAUUUUCAAGGGCUUUGGGCUUUAAUGUACUCUCCUGGUUUGUCCAAAACCAAUAUUUAUUGUAGCCCUAUACAAGCUGGAGCAGCUUACUUAAAGGCCUUGUUUUAGUUGAUAUUCUAGUGAGUUAAUUCAAAUGAUCCUCAUUUAGGAUUAUAAAUCAUGCUUCUAACCAAUUUUCUGUCUUUUAAUCCAGUUUGGACCAGUACAUGUAUUUAAAUUACACAUAUUUUAUAAUAACUAGCUAAAAUCUCAGAGGCUGUGACCCAUGUAAAGUUUGGGGCUGUAAAAUAGGCAGCAACCUUUUUUAUCCCCCAGAUAUUAUUUUCUAAUAAUUCAGUUUAACUGUGUUUAAUUUAUUGCAUUUACUGGCCGCAGUCUUACAGCAAGGAACUUCAUGCAAUACCCACCUCCCCAGAGAGAGGGCAGCUUCAACUCUCCAAAUGAAUGGGUUUAUGUACCGUAUGUUGUUUUAUGUACUUUCUACAACAUUAUACAGUAAUCAUUGAUGUAUCCGUUAAAAUCAGAUUCAAAGCAUAAUAAUAAUCACAAUAGUCCCAAGGUAGCAUAAGCCCCUAAUACUUUACACAUUCUUGCUUCUAUUCAUAUGCAAUUUAAUUCAUUAAGGAAGACCGGAUUCUGUAAUUUUUCUUUUCGUAUCUAACUUGCCAGUUCAGUGACCUGAACUCAAAUUUGUAUGUGCAUCUUCUCAUGCUUGCAAUCUUUGUAAGCAGUGUUGCACAACCUAAUUUAACAUUUUCCCUACAACAAAUGUGUGGGAUUUCCCCAUGCUCAUACAUGAAGGUAACCUGUAAACCCUAGUAAUGGCAUUACUCUUAACCUGUAGUGAUUAUUUGAGGAAUUCUUUUUAAGAAUUGUUGCCCACUAUACUGGUGUAAUUUUUGUCAAAUUCAGUUUUUCAUUCUGUCUCCAAUAAGCCUAAACUUGGAGGUUGUGCUUUUAUCCUAUAACCAAGGACUUUGAUUUUAUAAUAAAUGAGCUUUCUAGACAAUAAGUGAUUAUGUAUUACCGGUAGUUCAAUAAACCAAUGGCAGUGAUACCUCUACUUACAAAUAACUCUACUUACGAAUGGAGCUCCGUCCGCCAUCUUGGAUGCAGUUUAGAUAGGAUUUUUUCUACUUAUGAAUUUUUAGAUAGGCUUGCUUCUACUUACAAUUUUUUUCUCCCAAUGCAUUCCUAUGGGAUUUGACUUACAAUUUUUUUCGACUUACGAAUGUGUGUUCGGAACGCAUUAAAUUCGUAAGUAGAGGUACCACUGUAUUGUCCAAAAAAGUAAAUAAAUGUCAGUAGCUGUAUUUUGGCUGUCAAUAUUAGCAUUGAACCUUUGUAGGUAAUACUUAGUCUGUAGUUCUUUAACUUAUAUAUAAAAAUCUCCCUCGUUUAUCAGGUCUUUAAUGUGCAAUUGGUAGGGUGGUUCUUGAGUAUCAUUAGAGUGCUGUCUUUGCUUCAUAUUUAGGUUGCUGCAAUUGAGAACAGUGGCAAGGUGUGAGAUCAAAAUAAAUUGGGGAAAGAGCAGAAUACAGCCAUGGCUAGUCCAGCAGCGGAGGAAGCCUUUCAGGCACCUGGGGAGGGGUGAACUUCCCAUAGGGGUGGGGCAAACCGCUCAUAGGGGCGGGGCGUGCACUGGGGCCUCAGCCGCCCUACAGCUUGGGAGGGGGAGGAAGGCGGACAGCGCAGAACCUGCAGGCGCCGAGACACGUGGCUUGUGCGUGCUGCAGGCCCCGUGGUGAUGAGUGCCGCUCGCCAUUUUGUCACCCCAUGUCAGGGUGGCACCUGGGGCGUACCUAGGCUAGUGGGCUAUUCCUGCAGCCACACUUUGUCUUUAGGGAAUUGUCUGUCCUUAUGGAAAACCAAAAUAACAGUUUGGUCACAACUGCUAGCACCACUUUCUGUGCCAAAUCUGGAGAAUUGGAACUCUCGUAUCUCUGUGGAGGUGGGUUUAUCACUCAUUUCCUUGCUGAAAGAUUGCAAGGCACCUUUUUAAUAGCUGACCCUAGCAGUUAGAUGGUGGUCAUUGUUAACAUUAUUGAAACUGCAUUUGGGGUUGCUGUGGCCAGAAUUACACUUUUAUUCGUCUUGCCAGAAAUGCUAAAAGUACAGGUAGCUGUACUACUUUCAACUUCCAGUUGGUGAAAGGUUGUUUACAGUGGUAUUAGUGGUGUUUAUAAUUGAACUGUCUGAUUAAUGUUAGAUUAUAUGUUUUUAAAGGUUUUUAAAAGCCAAUAAGAUGUCCAUCAUACAUACUUGACAUUUGCUGCUUCCCUAUUAGAUAUAUUAGCAGGUUAAAGCUAACUAUAAAAAUAGCAACUCAGCUAAACUCAGGACAGCAUUGCACUGCAUAUGACAUCGUUGUGUAAAUUUAUUGUGAGAGAAAGAUGCUGACCAACCUACUGCCUUCUCAAAGAUACUGACUUUAGAGAACAACUCCUUCCUUAUGAACAUAUUGGUAUCAUUUCUAUUCAUUAUUUUAGGGCAACCUUCCCAUGCUGACUGCGGCUGAUGGUAGUUGUAGUCCAAAACAUCUGGAGGGCGCCAAGCUGUGGAAGGUUGCCAUAGUGUUUUGGUCAUUAACAGGUUGACUGCAAAUAUGUGUUUGUGGUCCUGAAAUAUUUGCAGGUGAAGCAAUGUGGUGGUGGUCUUGUCAAGAUUAUCCUUAAGGCAAUGCUACAAGGCUGCCAUUUUAAAAGCUACAAUACCAAGGCUGAUUUAUUUCAUCUGUUUUUGUUUUUGUUCCAUUGUUUCCAUUGUAUUUAGGGUCACAGCUUAAAUCUUAAGAUUGGUGUGUCCUGGCUUUAGUUGUGUUUGAUACUUUUAUAGUUUGAUAAUUGGACUGGUAGGUCAGGGUUGUAAUUCCCACAGGUAUUCAGAGAGAGAAAAUGCAUGAAGCUGAGGAGAAAGAAACACACACACACACACACACACACACACACACACACACACGGAUUUCUGUGUCAACUCCAUUUUCUGCAUUUCCCUCAUUGGAGAUUCAUUUUUGCUUUAAAAAAAGGCAUACUGUAUAGCUUAUUAAAAUGGCAAGAAUUCUAUCUUGAAAACUUUGGGAAGCAUGGACAGUUCGAUUAUAAUAUUAUGAUUUCGUACAUUCUUAAAACGAUGAGAGCGAUGACAGUUUCAUCAUGUGGCUUCUAGGAGAGUGUGUGAGAUUCUGAAGGGUGAUAGGUGCCCUUGUACAGAGAGUGCUCUCUCUAAAGGCCAGAUUAGACGUAAUGAUAGUGGCUGUGCUUUUUUUGUUCACAUCUCUGCCUCAUUUUCAUAUAGAAUGGAAGGUGGCGUCUGAGCUUAAUAUUAGAAUGCAUGGACAGGCAUGGAAAUCUGAGCCCCUUCCCUCCCCUAGUCCAUUGCCCACAUGUGUUCCUCCAGCUCUGCUUCUACACUGGAAAUGAAAUGAGCUGGGAGUAAAUAAUGGGCAAUGAGCCACAUGUAGUUAAUGCCAUGGACUGGAAAGAGUCUGUCCCCUUUAUUGUUGGUUGCAAACCUGUUGCAGUUAAAGCCAGCCUCCACCUUACCCCACUUUAUAUGAGACCCAGGAAUAAAUAAACAUGGCUGCUAUGGUCACAUUUAGUUGGCCAUAAGAAUAGAAAUGUGAUAUUAAUGGGUAAUAUUGUCAUACUUGAAAAUGUCUCUUCUAAAGCUGUUGCUCCUUUUCCUAGAUAUACAUUCAUUUUUAAAAAAUGUAAUAAAGACAUUUUCAGUCUCUGAUAAGAAUGUGUAGAGCUUAAAAAGAACGCAAGUAUACUUUUUGGGUUUUUUUGUAAAAUGUUGUCUUUGACUUUAAAAUUAAAUACAGGGUGUACCUGGAUCUGUUUGGGAUUUAUUGAUGUGUGGUAAGGGUGGACUACAAUUUUAGAGUAGAAUGCACUGUGGAUCAGUGCUUUUAUUUGUACAUAAAAGGGAAAACUUCUUUUCUUUUUAAGUAGCCUGCAUUUUGAGAAUAAUAUUGACAUGUGCUGUAUACCAGUCACUUAUUUCCAUUUUAAAGAUUAUAUUUUUGAGUAAUGGGGAACUGUACAUGCUAUCGCUACAGUUUCUAGAAAUUACUUAGAAAUGUUGCUUUUGAAUUUGUAAUUUGACUUCUUGGCUGUCCCAUGUACUGCUUUAGUAUGUAUUCUGUACCUCAUACCCCCAGCUUUCUGAUGAUAGCAUUUAUUUUAAAAUAUUGUAAUAACCAAUGCAGUCUUUCUUCUUCUCCCCCUCCCCUACCAGUUUGGUAAAUAAUUUGAUGCAAUUGUAUUCCUUUAUAAAAUAGUUGGCUGGAAUUUUCUUGGAAUUUUGGAAGCAGGGGGGGAGUGUUAAAUGUGUAUGUUGUUCUGGGUUUGGUUUUCUAAUUGAUAAUUUCAACUCAUUUCCCCCAAUAUUCUCUUCUUUGCCCCAUCCCAAUGCAAUAGGUAUGUGCCUUUAUAUAUAUAUAUAUUAAUUUGACAGGUGCUUCCUGUUUGCAGGAUGACUUUAAAAUUCUUGUAUAAUUUUUGUCACAGCAGGGCAGUAUUGAUAAUCCAUAUAUUUGUAUUUCAAAUAUGAUUUAAAUUGCAUAUUGUAUCUGAUAUAGAAAAUGUAUUGGGGGGGGUUUCUGUGGUUUUUGAUCUUUUUCUACUCUGUAGGUAGAACGAGCAAGGAAAACCUCAUUGUUGGAGAAGGUUGGAAGUUUAGUUGGGUUAUCAAGCAGAUUUUAGGUCCUGUGUGCUCACUAAACGACAUGCAGCGUUGGAUCCAGAUAGUUAGUAGCACAUAGCUCCCAUUGUAAUUAAUGGGACAAGUUAGUAAUAACUUGAUUACUGCCUUAGUCUAUGAGAACUGCCUCAGUCUGGGAUCAGCCUAUGUUUGUUGUUUUAAGACACAUGAAAUUGGGUUACUCAUUUCUUGCAUUGUCUAACAUGGCCCCAAGAGGUCAGUUGAAGGGAAGGAGCUGCUAACUGAGUCUUACAUCAGGCAUCCCCAAACUCCGGCCCUCCAGAUGUUUUGGACUACAAUUCCCAUCAUCCCUGACCACUGGUCCUGUUAGCUGGGGAUCAUGGGAGUUGUAGGCCAAAACAUCUGGAGGGCCGCAGUUUGGGGAUGCCUGGCUUACAUCAAUAGUGCUAGUGCAGGCAAGGAGAAUCUCAGCAAACAUGGGGAGUUUGUGACACACUAGUGCCAUUUACCAGCUAUUGGUGGAAACAACAGGAUAAACUUUCUGAGACAAAGCAUUUGAUUGUCACUGUGGUGUUAACAAUGAUAUUAACUAUGAGUCAGUUUUUAAAAGUCUACUACACCUUAUUCUCUGGGAAAUGGUAUUGGUGAGCAUUAUAUUGCAUUAUGAGCCGAACCCUCAAUUCAGUGGCCUCUUUGCUGCAUCUGUCUCUAUCACGGCUAGGCAGCAGGAACCACAGCUUAAAGGCUAGAUGUGAAGCUGUGGUUCCUGCUGCCUGGCUGUGAUAGUGACAGACUAUAUUCAGAAAAAUAAUGUUGAAUGCAGCUACAGAGUUGACUUCUUAUUUUAGAAAAAGAGGAAGUCGUUUUGUGAAUUUUUGUUUUGUUUUGAGAACAUUAUAGUAAUACCUGCUACAUUAAUUGAAUGACAAACAGCAAAAUGUUUGAAUGCUGCAUGAAUACAUAGUAGGCCAAAUUUUGUUUAGGUAAUAAAAUACAAGUACCUGCAGGAAAUUUCUUUUAAUGUACCGCUGUGAUUAAUCAACCAAUAGUUUUGUUGUGAUGAAGGCCACUAAACACCAAAAUGAUGCUAGACUUCAGUUUAUCAAAGCGGAUUCAAUAAUUUCCCCUCAACUGAUAUAACAAAUAGCAUAUUUACUUAUCUGUAAAACAAUUAAAAACACAAGUACAAUUAAAAAUAGCAGGUUGUACAAGCAUUGGUAAGAUAUUACUGAAUAAAUGCGUUUUGCAAUUUAUUUUGAAAACAGGGUUUCUGCAAAUGUUCUCAUAUUUUGUAUUUCAAACGUUUCUCAGUUUAUUUCAUAUUUGAAAUAUAGCUUAAUGGAGUGUAUUGUGUUUUUUAUUUAAACUACUCAAAAAAUGUAUUUUGCCCGGCUCUGCUUGUUCUUACUUAGAUUGAUUAAGAUCUGCUUUCCCUUUACAAAGUUGCACUGUGAGAACAUGGUGCAUCUAGCCAUCAAAAAAGUAAAUAAAAUUCUGCCUCUUCUCCCCGUCCCCAACACUUACUUUGCUGAAGCACAGGGCUUGCUAUGUUAACGUUUUAAUGAUCCUUGACAGUAUGUAAAACUGGAGGUGGUUGAGAGUCCUCCAUUUUGUUAAUGAAACAGGUUUUGGAAAAUAAACUGGCACAAAGUGU